CCCACCCACCAUCUCCGCCUCUGUCUUUCCCUUUGCGGCAGCGAACUUGGUGACAUUGAGUCCUCCCGCGCCUCCGCCUCCCCUGAGGUGUUGCGCGAGUUGGCGGAGUAGGAGGCCAUGGGGAGCCUCCGCGGCCUGCGCCUGGCGGCAGGAAAUUGUUUUAGGUUAUGUGAAAGAGAUGCUUCCUCAUUUCUAAGGCUUACCAGAAACUCUGAUUUGAAGAGAAUAAAUGGAUUUUGCACCAAACCACAGGAAAGUCCAAAAGCUCCAUCACACACUUACAGCCACCGAGUGCCAUUACACAAACCUACGGAUUGGGAGAGGAAGAUCCUGAUAUGGUCAGGUCGCUUCAAAAAGGAAGAUGAAAUCCCAGAGACCGUGUCGUUUGAGAUGCUCGACGCUGCAAAGAACAAGAUCCGGGUGAAGAUCAGCUACGUAAUGAUCGCCCUGACAGUGGCAGGGUGCGUCUUGAUGGUUAUUGAGGGCAAGAAGGCUGCCAGAAGACACGAGUCUUUAACAAGCCUGAACUUAGAAAAGAAGGCUCGUCUGAGAGAGGAAGCAGCUCUGAAGGCCAAAACAGAGUAGCAGAGGCAUUCGUGUUGGCUAGAUUUUGAAAAUCCAGGAGUAAUGUUUCAGCAACAAGCCUGUAUUAAAAAGAAUGUGGUAUGAGGAUCCAUUUCAUUAAAGUAUGGUUUGUGCAAACAUACCAUUUCCCUAUUUUGCUUAAGAGGUACCAAUAAAUUUUCUUAAAGAA